AGUACGUGAAUCCUGCCGUAAGGAUGCACGUGUCCGCACAGUCGCGGCGUUUGAUUACUAACAUUGUGGCACAUUUAAAAUAAAACAGCUUAAGUAAAAACGGCCGAAAAUAAAAAAGUAAAACAACGGCUAUUUAAUAACUGAAUCCCAGUCAAGAGCAGAAGCAACAACAACAGCGUACGACUCACGUACAAGACGGAUACAUAAAAAUGCGACACUGUUCUCCGUGUGUCCUGUGUCUGUGUGUUUGUAUGUGUGUGUAACAGUGUUUUGUGUGCUUGCGUGUUCGAGCGAGUGAGUGUGUAGUGUAGUGCUUAUGUGGCAUACCUAUAAAGCUGUACCUAAUGUCAUGCAUACAUAUACAUAAAAAUAAUAUAAUACAAAAGGCAUCGUUGUCGUUGUCGUUGUUGUUGUCGUCGUCGCGUUCCUCUUCCCCGCCUCUAUCUCUGUCCCUGUCCAUAUCCAUUGUCGUUGCCGUUGCCGUUGGUCGAGUGCUAAACGGAAAUAUUUGGUAGUCCAGGUUAUUAACAUCAAGGAAAGAAAAAACAGACACUGAAUGGAGAGAAAGGAAAAGCAACAAUGGAAUCCAAAAUAAGCGGCAAUUGAAGCGAGAAAUGUGUGCACACAUAAAUGUAGGGAAUUCAUUAAUUAUUCCGCAUUGCGCAAUCGAUUGUCAAAUAAAUCAGUUCUGAAAAACGUACAAUAAGCCAAUUGAAUUGGCUCAAUAUGGAGCCAGGAUCAUGCGGGGAAUAUUCAUAGUGCUUUUUAAUACAGUUGCUAUAUCUGAGACGCUAAGCUCACCCCCAAGGAUGUUCAUCUAUGUUGAGGCAUAGGAAAAGCCAUAGAAUACAAAUAUAUAAACAAAAGGAAAGUCAGCUGGCAGUUCAUCGAUCAACUUGGAAACAUGUCGACGGAGUAUUCGAGGCCCCCACUAAAAGUGAUUUGGUUAAUACAACUCUGGUUGCUAUUGCUGCUAUUUGAAAGCGGCUUGGUCAUCAGCGAAGUGCCUCCACAUUACUGGGAAACACCGUAUUCCCAGCCCUACUUUGACAACUCCUCCCGGCGCGAGGUCACGGCAACCGUCGGCCAAGCGGCCCUGAUGCAUUGCCGCGUACGGAAUCUGGGCGACCGGGCGGUGUCCUGGAUACGCAAGCGGGACCUGCAUAUACUGACAGUUGGUAUACUGACAUAUACGAACGAUCAGCGCUUCCAGUCGUUGCACUCGGAGGGCUCCGAUGAGUGGACGUUGCGGAUAUCAUCGCCACAACCUCGAGAUUCUGGCACCUAUGAGUGUCAGGUGUCUACUGAGCCAAAAAUCAGUCAAGGUUUUCGUCUGAAUGUUGUUGUGUCGCGUGCUAAAAUUCUUGGCAAUGCGGAGCUGUUCAUCAAGAGCGGCAGCGACAUUAAUCUCACCUGCCUGGCUAUGCAGUCGCCGGUGCCACCAUCGUUUAUCUACUGGUACAAAGGCAAGCGGGUCAUGAAUUAUUCGCAGCGUGGCGGCAUUAAUGUCAUCACCGAGCGCUCGACGCGGACCAGCAAGCUGCUGAUAGCCAAGGCCACGUCGGCGGAUUCUGGCAACUACACGUGCUCGCCAAGUAGCUCAGACUCCGCCUCGGUGGUGGUGCAUGUCAUAAAUGGCGAACAUCCGGCCGCCAUGCAACAUGGCAACAGCAGUGCCAGCUCCUUGAGAUGGAGACCCGUGCCUUUACUUGCCAUCACGACGACGACGACGACAGCUGCAUUUGCUGUCACUUGGAACUGUAACUGGAACUGGUACUGUAACUGGAGCAACGUCGGUUUGUUUGUUACUUGGCUUCCCGCGGCGCUUGCCAACUCCUGGAGACGCCACUGGAGCACGAGUUGGAGCUGAUGCUGCGGCAAACUGCUGAACGACAGUCCCGGCCUAGUUGGGGCAGUUGCAAUUACUCGUAUCUUCUGUUUAGUGUUAAUGAUGAUGCAUUUAAUGUGUGUGUAUGUGUUUUGAACGUAAGUAAAGUUGAGAAACUGUGGUAAACUGUGGUGUACAUAAUGCAAGUCCUUUAAACGAGUAUUAUCUAUAAGAAUAUUCAAAUUUAAGAGAGCAUUCCAAUGACAGCCAUGCUGACUAAAUGAAAGUAUUAAGAUGGAAACUUUUUAAAACAAACCUAAACUAAGAUUACAUCGUAUAUACAAUAUCAAAGCAAAUGAUAACGAAAGUAAAGCUAACUAAAACUUUACAACUUUUCCUUUCUACGCUCUCCAUUUCAUUCCGUUCAAGCUGAAAAACAUUUUCUUUAUUAUUUCGCCAAUUUCUUUGUGGGCUUUAUAAAUUAAAUAUUUCGAUAAACACAAGUUUAUUUAUCAUAGAAAUUCAUUCAAGCAAAAACCAAAAAUAAAAGUAACAAACGCAAAGUAAAAAA